AUGAGCAGAGCACGACAGCAAGACAUGGAGAUGCAACAUGGAGCUAAGCAUCUGCCACCACAACAGCUCCAACAACCCAUUCCCCGACCUGCUGUGACACGUUACCGCAGACAGGACGACAAUGAGGCCCGGAUCAGAGCCCAACAGCAGAGACGCAAACAGAGGCAAGAGAGAGAGGCAGAGAUAGCACAACUGCACCACCAGGAAAAGCAACACAGAGAUAUGAUCCGAGAAGAUGACCGAGAGAGGGACGAUUCAGCGUUGGCCCGCUCUGCAAGCACAGAGAGCGGUUUUCACACCCAUACGGACCGAGCCGAGGGGGAUGACAGCCUGGUCAUGAUGUCACUGGAGCCCGGGGUAGAGGACAAGACAAGUAACUACGGAGUUCAGCUACGCGCCGAGGCAGAGGGAUACAUUGAGAGUGCUGAAUCUGAACGACAACUUCUCAAUCCGCAUUCAUACUAUUCUGCACAAACCCCAUUUCUACCAUGUGAGCAACAGUCUGACCCUCAGAGAGAAGAGGAAGCCUUGCCAAUGUUGACCUCUGACUACUCAAAUUGUGUCUACAGCACAUCUCCCACCUUCCCUCCAGGAAGGACUGAUUUGUCUGCUGGUGCAGUGUUGGAUACUUCAAAUGCAGGAGCUGCAGAAGAAACAUAUUCUGAGCCUUAUGACAUUUACUCACUCUCCGAACAUGUUUAUGAGGAAAUCCAAGAUGCUCCCUCAUUGGCUUACUGUGCAGAUGACAGAGCGGAGGACAGAGAGUCUCUCCAGAAAAGAAAGGAUAACCUUCGUUUGUUGGAGGGUCAGACAGGAAGUGAAGACUACCACCAGCAAGAGGCUGUUGGUUUCCGUCUGAGGCACUAUGAUGAACGCUCAGACGGGGAGUCUGACAGUCCAGAGAAGGAGGCUGAAUUUGCCCCUUACCCACGAGCUGACAGCUGUGAGCAGGAAGAGGACAUUGAUAGUCUUGUGACUGAGGUGAGAGAAGGCCCAAGACCUACAAUUCUUCAAUGUAUAACCGAGGACAUGAUUGCAGUUGAUAAUGAACUCGAGCAAGGUGAAGAACACCAAACUAAUUACCCAAGAGAUUCCGAUAAAAAUGUCAAAAUUGUCAACUUGGGGCAACAAGUCAAAACACAGACUUCAAGAUCAACUGAGCAAAUGACAAGUGUGAGAAACAGUCAGGAGACUGAUAUAUCUCUGGCAAUUAAGGACAUCAAAGAGGCCAUAGAGGAGGUGAAGACUAGAACAGUGAGAUCUCCUUACACUCCGGAUGAACCAAAGGAGCCUAUUUGGGUAAUGAGGCAAGACCUUGGCCACACCUCAGAGUGUGAUCAGCAAACAUCUUUUGGCGGGGAAUGCCCAGAUUCCGGCUCUCCUUCUCUUCCUGGUGCUGAAUCAGCGAGCAGACUUCUUCCACAGGAUGACUUUGAAUCAUCUCCCUCCAGUAAAGAGCCCAGAAGAAGUCUUGCAUCCUUUCCUACAUAUGUUGAAGUUCCAGGCCCCUGUGACCCAGAGGAUCUUAUUGAUGGAAUCAUCUUUGCAGCCAACUACUUGGGCUCUACUCAGCUGCUGUCAGUCAAGACGCCAACUAAGAAUAUUCGAAUGAUGCAAGCACAGGAAGCUGUCACCCGCAUUAAGACAGCUCAGAAAUUAGCCCAGAACAAGAAAAAGGCCCCAGAGGAAGAUGCCCAGCCCAUGACAGAGGUUGAUCUCUUCAUCUCUACUCAGAGAAUAAAAGUGCUCAAUGCAGAUUCACAGGAUACAAUGAUGGACCAUCCUCUGCGCACCAUCUCCUACAUUGCAGACAUAGGCAACAUUGUGGUUUUGAUGGCCAGGCGCCGAAUGCCUCAACAGGAUUCUCAAGAAAAUGUUGAUACCUCAGACCCAGAAGCAGAAAGCAAGUGCCAGUACAAGAUGAUAUGUCAUGUUUUUGAAUCCGACGAUGCCCAGCUCAUUGCUCAGUCCAUUGGGCAAGCCUUCAGUGUGGCUUACCAGGAAUUCUUGAGAGCCAAUGGCAUUAACCCAGAGGACCUGAGCCAAAAGGAAUACAGCGACCUUCUUGACACUCAGGACAUGUACAACGAUGACCUCAUCCAUUUUUCCAAGUCGGAAAACUGCAAAGAAGUGUUGAUAGAGAAAGCAAAAGGAGAGAUGCUUGGCGUGGUCAUUGUGGAGAGUGGGUGGGGCUCCAUCCUGCCCACAGUUAUCAUUGCCAACAUGAUGCAUGCUGGGCCGGCAGAGAGGUCAGGCAGACUAAACAUAGGUGAUCAGAUCAUGUCCAUUAGUGGUACCAGUCUGGUGGGCUUGCCACUGUCCACCUGUCAGAGUAUCAUCAAGGGUCUCAAAAAUCAGUCACGCAUAAAGAUGAACAUAGUGCGAUGUCCACCAGUGACCACUGUACUCAUCAGACGUCCAGACCUCCGCUACCAACUUGGCUUCAGUGUCCAGAAUGGCAUUAUAUGUAGUCUCAUGCGUGGUGGAAUUGCUGAAAGGGGUGGAGUGAGAGUUGGUCACCGCAUCAUUGAGAUCAACAGCCAGAGUGUGGUCGCCACACCCCAUGAAAAAAUUGUCCAACUCCUUUCCAAUGCUGUGGGAGAGAUCCACAUGAAGACGAUGCCUGCAGCCAUGUACCGCCUGCUAACGGCUCAGGAGCAGCCAGUUUACAUUUAA